GAGGAUCUUGGUGUAGCUCUCUUUGUGUCGCACCAGUGGCUGGCGGACUCUCACCCAGAUCCGAAAGCCGAGCAGCUGGCAGUUCUUCAGGAUGCUCUGACCAACAUCAUAUCAGGUCGGAGCCGGGUACGCCUUCCGGUCGUCAUGGAGAUGGUCUAUGGCCGCCUGCCGACUCCCGACCUUCGAGCGAAGCCGCUCUACAUCUGGUAUGACUACUUCUGCUGCCCGCAGGGCAACAGCAUUCAGGCCUUCCGCCAGCGACAAAGCGCAAUCGACAAUAUCGUCUCCUACAUCUCCAGGUGCAAGUACUUUGUGGUGCUCUGCCCCAGUCUGACUCACAUGGACCGGCGACUGGUCCUGGAUGAGGGAACUUGGGCACAGCGCGGAUGGUGUAGAAUGGAAAGGCUUGGGAGGGAGUUAGCAGUGCACGAGAGCGGCGCAGCCAUCGUGAUCGAGAGCGGUCUCCGUCAGUACCUCAUGUUCAUGACCAGCAGGCAUUUGGACGCUCCUGGUGACUGGAAGUUUCUGACAAAAGUUUAUACACUCCCCCAAACUAACAUGGAAACCCAUAUAGUACCCUUUUAG